CGCUGAAUGUUUCGAGCUAUCGAUUUCGACUAACUAUGGAAGGCAGUUUAAAUACACGUGCGAUGUUUGUGUCUUGUAGUUAAUAUAGGAAACGUUCAUAAAAUAGAAAUAGAAAAAUAGCUGCGAUGACUAGUACCGGUGUAAACAAUAGUGCUCCUCAGGUUCAAAUAAGAUUCGUUACAAAGCAGGAGGGAUUCGCUGUUCCAGAUUUUCCAUUAUCUGUACACACAGCUAUCGUACCAAACGAAUUAAACACUCUAGUAAAUGAGCUUUUAAGAGAGACAACUGACGUAAGAAAUGACAUAGAAUUUGAUUUUCUGGUGUGCUCCCAGUUCUUGCGUACUUCGUUGGCAGAGCAUAUAACAGAAAGAAGUUUAUCUACUGAGGAAGUAAUAGACGUUGAAUAUGUUGAAAAGUAUCCACCACCAGAACCUCAAGAUUGUCUUAUACACGAUGAUUGGGUAUCUACUGUAGCUGUUAACGAAAAAUGGAUACUAACUGGUUGUUACGAUAACACAUUACACAUCUGGACAUCAAAAGGAAAACAUCAUCUUGUAAUUCCUGGUCAUACGUCACCUGUUAAAUCUGUAGCAUGGAUAUCUUUAAAUGAAGAAACUGCUAGAUUCGUUAGUGCAUCUCAAGACCAAACAGCUAUAAUUUGGGACUGGAAUAUUUUGGCGAAUUCUGUGGACUGUAUACACGUAUGUAGAGGACAUGAGCGUGGACUUGAAGCGGUUAGCAUUAAUUAUGACAAGACUCUGAUGGCAACUGGAGCUUGGGAUACCAUGCUUAAACUUUGGUCUACGUCCAAUCAAGAUGAAAAUGAAGAUGGUGAAUCUACAUCGAAAAGACUGAAGUCAGAACAUGGUAAAACAAGAGUUCCUAAAAGGACAAUGAAAGGGCACAAAGAAGCUAUCAGUGGUAUUGUAUGGUCAGAAAAGGCAGAAGUUAUAACAUGUUCGUGGGACCACACUAUCAAAGUAUGGGAUUCAGAAUUAGGAGGAAUUAAACAUGAUCUUGCUGGCAAUAAAAGUUUCUUUGACAUUGAUUAUUCACCUUUAUCUCGUGCUGUUAUAACAGCAUCUGCUGACAGGCACAUCAGACUAUACGACCCAAGAUCUACAGAGGGCACACUUGUAAAAACGUUAUUCACUUCUCACACGCAAUGGGUGCAAUCUGUAAGGUGGUCAACUGUGAAUGAAAAUUUAUUUAUUUCGGGAGCAUAUGACAAUGAUAUGAAACUUUGGGACACCAGAAGUCCUAAGGUGCCAUUAUUUGACCUCUCUGGACACGAAGACAAAGUAUUAUGUUGCAACUGGUCGAACCCGAAAUUCAUGGUGUCGGGUGGUGCGGAUAACACUGUAAGAAUAUUUAAAUCAAAACAUGUUUACCGUUGAUAAUAAACAAAAUAGCAUUGUAUAAUUUCUAAAUAUAACGAAAGAGAAUUUCGUCUGUACAGUGCAAAUUAAUAAGAAUAAGCUUGUUUUUAUUAUUUUAAUAUUUAUUUUACUCUAAAUCAAACAAUGUAAUCGUUCAAAUGAAAUAGAGUUCAAUAUGUCGCCGCCAUGAAACCUAUCGAUCACAUCAUGUAAUCGCUGUAAAAGAAUAGAAACGAACGACUACCCACGCUCACAUUUGCAUUGACGUAUUCGAAAAUAAACGUGAAUACGAAAAACAAAAUUAUGCGUAUAUCUAAGCAGUUACAAUUAUCUUCGUACAAAUAAACACAUUUACAUGAUCAAAAGGAAAAAGAAGAACAAAGAAAAACACGUGAUUCCUUAGUCAAAAAAGAAAUAUUUAACGGGCCAAGAA